UUUUCAACUAGAUGCACAACAUUUUAACAUUUUUUAUAAAUAACUAUUUAGUAACUGUAUAAAAACAAAUAGAAAAUUAUGAGAAUAUUAAUAUACAUCAAUCGUUCGAUAUCAAUGGUAAAGACAUUCUCAAAAAGUCAUCUCUAAUGGUUCCUAAGCAGUCAAGUUACAAAUGUAAUACAAAUUAUACAUAGGUAGAGAUAGAGUUGUCAGUAGAUGUGAGGUAGACGACAUUAGCGCCAUUUAUACACAUCACGUCGAUGAACUCAAUUGUGCCAAGUCUGGCCACACAUUAAUGUGUAUUUCAAGUUUUUAGUGGGAGUAUCGAGUUUCUAUUUUAUUAUAUACUUUACUUAUUAUUAUAAUUAUUAAGUAAAAUUUAACUCAAAUUAAAUUAAUAAUAAUUAUUCGUAAAUUUAAUGUACAUUGAAGGAAAGUACAUUGUUUUCCAUGUACGUAUAAAUAACAACACAUAUUAAACUGAAAGUAGACGCAUACACAUUCUGACAAGUUCGAAUACUUGAAAGAACACGCCCUUUCUCGAUAAGACUUGAUAAAAUUGAGCGAUGAAUUGCAUUUAAAAACGAAAGUUAAUAAUUCUUCUGAUAAUUGCAUUUAGAAACGAAAGUUAACAGUUCUUCAUAAAAUACUAAUCACGUAAUAAGAAAAAGAAUGGCAUCCGAGAUUCCAACAUCUUUAAAAAGCUUGUUUAGCUACAUUGACAAGCAUAAGGCAGAGUAUAUCGAUAAUUUAAAAGAGGCAGUGGCUAUAAAAUCUGUCUCAGCAUGGCCCGAUCACAGAAAUGAAAUAAUUAAAAUGAUGAAAUGGGCGGAAGUUAAGCUAAAGGAUCUUGGUGCUACUACAGAAUUAGUCGAUAUAGGGAAACAAACACUUCCAGAUAAAAGUGAAAUUCCUUUACCUCCUGUUUUAUUAGGAACUCUUGGGUGCAACCCGCAGAAAAAGACUGUUCUUUUAUACGGACACUUAGAUGUUCAACCCGCAUUAAAAGAAGAUGGUUGGGACACAGAACCAUUUACUCUUGUCGAGAAAGACGAAAAAUUAUUUGGACGGGGAAGUACAGAUGACAAAGGUCCUGUACUUUGUUGGAUACACGCGUUGCAAGCUUACAAAGCUAUUGAAGUUGAUAUUCCGGUCAAUCUUAAGUUUGUUUUCGAAGGUAUGGAAGAAGCUGGUAGCGAAGGUUUGGACGAUCUUCUUUGGGCACGUAAAGAUACAUUUUUGCAGGGUGUUGAUUAUGUGUGUAUAUCUGAUAACUAUUGGUUGGGUACGAAAAAGCCCUGUAUUACAUAUGGUUUGAGAGGUAUAUGUUACUUCCAAUUGGAAAUAUCUUGCGCUGCAAUGGAUUUACACAGCGGUGUAUUUGGUGGAACUGUGCACGAAGGAAUGGCAGACUUGAUAUAUUUAUUAGAUACAUUGGUUGAUGUUAAUGGAAAAAUUUUAGUAGAUGGUAUUUAUAACAAUGUUGCUGAAAUUACAAAAGAAGAACUGGAAUCCUAUGAAACAAUAGAAUUUGAUGUUGCUGAAUUUAAGAAGUCUGCUGGAAUCGAUAGACUGGCUCACAAUGAUGAUAAAAUUCAACUGUUAAUGCAUAGAUGGAGACAACCCAGUUUGUCUCUCCAUGGUAUAGAAGGCGCAUUUAGUGAACCAGGGUCAAAGACUGUUAUUCCAAGAAAAGUUAUUGGCAAGUUUUCAAUUAGAAUAGUACCGGAUAUGACUCCUGAAGAAACUACUGAGAAAGUAAUAACGCAUUUGAAAAAGAAAUGGGCUACCAGAGGCAGCCCAAACAAAAUGGAUGUUAGUAUGCAUCAUGGAGGAAAACCCUGGUCUGAAAAUCCUGAUCAUCCGCAUUACGUAGCUGCUCGAAAAGCAACCAAGCAUGUUUAUAAAGUAGAGCCUGACUUAUCACGCGAAGGUGGUUCGAUUCCAGUUACUUUGACAUUCCAAGAUGUAACAGGCAAAAAUGUAUUACUUUUACCAGUUGGUGCUGGUGAUGAUGGAGCACAUUCUCAGAAUGAGAAAUUAAACAUCCGAAACUAUAUUGAGGGUACUAAAUUACUUGGAGCUUAUUUAUACGAAGUAGGUCAACUUUAAUACAAACAUAUGUUGAGUAUACACAUGAGAUAAAAGUGUAAAAUGAAGCAAUGAAUGGUAAAGAAAAACUUUUUUCUGUACGUAUACUAUAACAUGAAAUUAUAUUUUAUUGCUGUUAUUAUUACUACUACUAUCACAAUUCGAAAGU